AUGGGAGGACGAACCACUUUGAAGGGCCUAAAACCAGAACCCCAGAUCCGGAUCCGGACCAUGAACCCCAGCGGCUCAGUCUCUCAGGGCCGUGUGGAGCUGGGCAGGCUCCUCAGCGUGGCCCCUCUCCUGCUCCUGCUCCUGCUGGGGGCCCCUCCGGGCUCCCGGGGCCAGAACGACACGGAGCCCAUCGUCCUGGAGGGGAAGUGCCUGGUGGUGUGCGACUCCACCCCCUCCUCCGAGCCGUCGGGCAACGCCCUGGGCAUGUCGGUCCGCUCCGGCACGGGGCGGGUGGCCUUCUCGGCCACGCGGCAGACCAACCACGAGCCCACAGACAUGAGCAACCGCACCAUGAUCAUCUACUUUGAUCACAUCCUGGUGAACGUUGGGAACCACUUUGAGCAGGACAGCAGUGUGUUCCUGGCCCCGCGGAGGGGAGUGUACAGCUUCAACUUCCACGUGGUGAAGGCCUACAACCGACAGACCAUCCAGGUGAGCCUGAUGCUGAACGGCUGGCCCAUGGUUUCGGCCUUCGCUGGGGACCAGGACGUGACGCGGGAGGCGGCCACCAACGCCGGCCUGGUCAUCAUGGAGCGGGGGGACAAGGCCUAUCUCAAGCUGGAGAAGGGCAACCUGAUGGGCGGCUGGAAGUACUCCACCUUCUCCGGCUUCCUGGUCUUCCCCUUGUGAUUGGGACCCCGGCUAGGCAGUGGGUCGACGGGACAGGCAUGGAUGGA